AUGAAACUGAAAUGUGCUGCGGCGGGGCUGUGGGAGUCAAAAACUGGUUGUGUUGCAAUGGUGUUCUCCACCGAAACAAAGAUCCCGCUCGGGGAUAAAGAACAGACUGAUAAGUUGGUUUGUGGUUCAGCAUUAUACAACACUGAGGUAGAAAUGUGUUGUGAUGGAACUGUGCAUAACAAAUCCCGUGACGUUCUGUGUUGCAAAGAUAAUUUAUACAACAGUACUACUCACAUUUGCUGUAACCAGAUACUACGUCCCAAAUCCAGACUAAAUGAAAGGAUCAGCUGCUGUGGUUCUGAUCCUUAUGACCCAGAAAAAAGCUUGUGCUGCAAUGGAAUCAAACAUGAGAAGAGUUCUAAAUUAUAUGGUUGUUGUGAUACAAAGCCGUACCGAUUAUCUCAUGAUAUGUGUUGCAUCUCAAAAGUGCAUGGGCAAGCGAAAAAAAUGCAAUGCUGUGGAACUGAAACCUUCGAUAGAGAAAGGCAGUACUGUUAUAAUGAUCACGAAAUCUUAGAUUUAUAUGAAGGCAAAUGUGGAAAUACCAAGUACUCAACAUUAGAACACGUGUGCUGUGACCGGAAUCUGAUUUCGAAUAAGAAAGGGCGUAGAUGUUGCGGUUCUUCUUUGUUUAACCCCAAAGUCAAUGACUGCGAUAUGAAACACAUUGUGCAGAGAGGAUUUCUCUGGUGUGAAAGCGGUGAAUAUAACCCAGAUACCCACGACUGCUGUGAAGGCCAAUUGAAGAAGAAGAAUGGGUCAUCUUGGCGUUGCUGUGGUGCCAGAAUAAUAAACUAUGAUGUAUAUGGUUGUUGUGGGGCUGGACAUCCUUAUAACAAAAGAAAUGAACAAUGUUGCGGAGGUAAUAUUAUUAAAACAGAGGAGAAAUGUUGUGCUAAUCAACAUAUGAAUUCAACUCAACUCUGCUGCGGUAAAACUAGAUACAGAAACGAAGAAGUAAUCAUAAAGAAAGAGCCAUAUCACGAUAAAUGUUGUCCACAUAAAUGUGGAGGUAUUUCUUAUGAUUCAGUCAAUUCCGUUUGCAGUUGGGAGAACACUGUUAUAGAGAAAACGAAAACCUUUAACAUUUGUGGGGAAAAGACAUAUAAUCCCGAAGUCGAUCUCUGCUGUAACCUAAAAAUAUUCAAGAAGAAACGACAGAAAGGCAUGAAAUGUUGUUAUCCAAGUUCCACUAUUUAUCAUCCAAAAACACAUUUCUGCGAAAAUGGUGAAAUAAAAAGCCUAUGCCCUGCAAGAUGUGAAAAGAUAACGUUGAAGAAUUUCUGCAAAAAAGAAAAUUCAAGCUUGGUGAAGGAGUCCUCUGGUCUACUGGCUAUUCGUUGUUAA